AGUGUCGUCUCGGAGUGCGAGGGGUCUAUCGUUGUUUGCUCUCAAAAGUUACGAAACUCAUGUGUGUUGAGUGCUUCACCGCCGUGAAUGGUUGUCGGUGAUACUUUCGUACAGCGGAUUUACUUGCUAUCUGACUCCUUGUAUUGAAUCUAUUGAAAAACGGAUAAUCAGUGAGGACUUGCUAAUAUAAGGAAAGUGUCAUGUGAGAGACACGAUUUGCUCCGCAAGAGAAGCUCGAGAGCUCACGGAAGCAAUGUGAAGGACCGCACAUCAAUUUGCGCCAGAUAAGCGCAUUCAAAAAUGGAGGCCUUAAGGUCGACUGGUUUGACGCUACUCGUUGCGUGGGGUCUGCUUCUGGCGACUGCCGAGCCUCGACGGCAGGGCAAUCAGUUGCAGGAACGAGUUGUUAAUCCAGGGGAACGGAUUUCGAUACCGUGUUUUCUCGAAACACCUGGCGGCUCGAUCCAAUGGGUCCGAAACGGUCAUCCCGUCGUCCUGGACGCAACGACCUCGUCACGGCGCCAGUGGAACAUCUCGAAGGACGGCACUGCAGCCCUUUCAAUCAACCAAGUGACUCGAGCCGACGACGGUCUCUGGGAAUGCUGGGAGUUCGCUGACGAUGGCUCCGUAAAACGGGUGGCCAAAGUGCUUAAGCUCGUUGUAACAGGCGCUCCGGAAGAACCGUUUCUCGUUCAGAACGGAAAACGAAUUUUUCCCGGCGAUAGUGUUGUCGCAAAGGAAAAUCAAACCGUCACGGUGGAAUGUGUCGCCCGUCGGGCCGUCCCCGAGGUGAAACAGGUUUUCUGGUCUCUGGGUCCCGACGGCGUAAACGUGACGGCGAAAUCUGAUCUCAAAGUGGACUUCAUCUCGCACGAAGAUUCUUACACGACACGGAGCGUACUCACUUUGAAUACGAGUCGUGCGAUGAAUCAUCAGAGAAUUUCGUGUCACGUUUUUCACGUCGCGUGGCCGAACGCCACGGUGGUUAACGCAUCCCUGAAUGUCCUGUAUCCACCCACUUUUUCAAUCAGCCGAAUCCCGGGCUUCGGACAUCCAGUUGUCGAGAAAAGCUUCGUGUCUUUGGAGUGCAUCAUCGACGCGAAUCCGCCAUCGACCCCGCAUUGGUCGAAGGACGACCGAGCCAUCAACUCCACUCAGGUCAUUCGACAAGGGGGAGGUUUCCUCAACUUCACAUCGGCAGAUCGUAAUCAUAGCGGGUGGUACAGAUGCACCACUCAGCAUCCAAUGGGCACCUUCGCUUCGUUCGGCUACCUCCUCAGUAUCAGAUUCGGACCCGAGAUGAUGGACGAUACUCCGAAAGAGAUCCACGCCGAUUUCGGAGAGCCAGUCCGGUUAGAAUGUCAGGCGAAGGGCAAGCCGUUGCCAUCCUACUGUUGGUCACGGAAACAGCCCGGUCGUAUCGCCGAGGGUCUGACAAGCGAUUCGACGCUGGUUCUCGACCCGGUCGUGUACCAGGACGCGGGAACGUACCAGUGUACGGCGUCCAACCUACAAGAUUGGAAAAGACAGCGGAACGCGAUCCGAGAGGUCCAACUUUCUAUCACAGGUCGGCCCGACGUCAGCGCGUUGAAUUCAUCAAUGGUUGGGAUUAUCGGCCAGAGCAUGUGGAUCACGGUUCAUGUUUGCGCCAAUCCGCAGCCGUCCCGUUCACACUGGCUCCUAGGACAUCACGUCAUGAGUCCAGGCGAUAAGCCGAGCUCGCAUUCGCACUAUAUCGCGCACCCAUUCAGAAGCGCCGACACCCCAUUUUGUCGGUAUGCGUCGUUGGAAAUUACACAGGUCCGCAGCUCCGAUGCGGGCGAGUUCUUAUUCGUGGCGAGAAACGAUCGUGGAAUCGAUGACGCCGCGAUUAACGUCACUGUUGUUAAGAGCGCAUUUGGAUAUCAUAGUAAUUUCAUUCCACACAGUCGACCGACCGGCGUUCGAUCCGAGAUGUCCAGACCGGUCAUGGCUACGGCAAACUCGGGUAAGUCCUGAAUCCGAUUAAAUUCGUUUCCUUAUCCCGAACACAAAAUAUAUUAUAUUUUGUGCGUAAAAUGUAAUAUAUUUUGUGAUCUCAUUCAGUAUUCGUGGGCUCUGCAGGUGUUUGCGGGAGUUUGUUCAAGACGACCCUGAUUUGGAAUCUGCUGCUCCUAGUG